CCAGGAGGUGGAGAGAAGGCGGUCUAUUCCCGUGUCUCGCGAGGGUGCGCUCAGGUAGUGUAAAAUAUGGCGAUGUCCUUGUGUGUGAGGGCGCUGCGCCUCACCCGGGUCGCCCGGCCACUGCUGCUGAGGGGACCCCGCCGUCCUCGCCCGGUCCGUGCACUCUGCGCCCCCAACCGCCUCGUCCUCUGUCAUUUCUGAACACCACGAACAGCUGGGACCCGAGGAGGAACCUGAGGAGGAGGUGGUCAACAUGUACUUGACGAACCCAGAUUCAUUUGGCUUCAGUGAUGACCCCGAAGCUGACCUGUGGAACGCACGUGCGGUCUUCUUCACUGGCGUAACACUUUGCUUGGUGUUUGGAACUUUAUAUGUACAUUACAUACCAGAUCCAAGGAUGUCAGAUUGGGCCCGGAAAGAGGCCGAGCGUUUGGUGAAACUGAGAGAAGCACAGGGUCUUCCCUGCAUCCCUCCAAACUACUAUGAUCCUGACAACUUGGUAUUGCCAGAUGAUGAUUAA